CGGUAUGGUUCUCAAGCAGUACGUCACCUUCGUAGAGGUCUUUCUAGAACCUACGCAUGCAGAAUGAAUGUCGCAGAUAUAAGAUACACGACAACUGAGUAGCAUCCCAGUAUAACUUACUACAUCUAUUUCUCAGAAUGAGAGUCGUCAAUCCACUCGUCGCCUUGCUUUUUUCGAGCAUUAUUGCUUCUGCACAACAGGUCUUCAUAAUGACACCAUUAGCAGGCUCAUCUGUCUCUCCAGGAAAAAAUAUAACAGUCACUAUUGGGAAACCAGAUUCAUUGUCUGCUUCCGAGGAAGUGGCUGUUGUCAUUGCCAUCCGCUCAUGCGCAUGGAAUCUUUGUGCCCCUCAGGCGGAAGCGCUAGGCGAAAUUCUCUAUAGUGGUCCAUUUAAUCCUCGCAAGAACUUCAAGCAACCGAGCCAAGACUUCAACAUCAGGAUCCCUCAAUCUAUGAGCAGCGGUAGCGCCCUUCUCACCGUCACUCACUUUGCUCUCAUUGGGGCCGGUCCCAGGCCUUGGAUGGAGUUAAAAAAUGUGUCGGUGGUAGUGAACUAGCUUAUUUCGUAGCCUGUGAUAGGAUUCAUUGUAAUGCAGCGUCGCUUCGGCAACUGGAGUGCUGCUUGGUGUCCCAUCACAUUCCCAAGUGCCAGGACGGACGGCUUCGGAAAGAAGAAAUCGGCGCAGUGUAAACAUGA